CUCUUCCUACAAGGAACACUUGGUGAGAUUUUAUGUGAGGAACUGCCCGCUGGAAUGUGCUCAUUUUCGAUCGCGUCUUCUGGGAAGAGAUGCGCGUUGGAGACCUCCGCGUCGAGUGAUGGAGGAGCCAUGAAAUACCAUUGUAAGACUUCUGAAGUGGUUGUGAAGAACAUGCCUGAAUGGAUUGAGAGUGCUGAGUGCAUGAGUGCUUGUGGGGUUGAUAGGUUCUCUCUUGGCAUCUCUUCGGACUCCCUUCUCGACCCUCUCUUCACCGCCAGCCUCUGCUCGCCCGCGUGUUACUACAACUGCCCCAACAUUAUUGACCUCUACUACAAUUUGGCUUUGGCUGAAGGAGUGUUUUUGCCAGAAUUCUGCAAGGCUCAACGGAGUAGUUCACGCCGUGAAAUGACCGAGUUUUUAAGUUCCGGUGCAGCUUCUGGUCCAGUAUCUGCCACAGCUGCUGGUCCUGCAUAUGGGGAAGUUGCUGGUCCCAUCUCUAGUGAAUCAUCUGCAUCCCUUGCUUGUGCUCCAACUUCCAUCUAA